AUGGCUCGACAGAAGAAGGCUGCCGUGGCUCCUGCCACUCCCAAGGCCGGAUCCGGCGACGAGGCUCCCGUUACCCCCGCCACUGAAGUCAAGAAGACUCCUAGAAAGCGAGCACCUGCCAAGGUCUUCAACAAGCUGUCGACUGCUCUCAGCAGUGCUGCCCCCGUCGACGUGACCUUUGAGAACGACACGGUCCAGAGCAAGCCUCUGGCCAAGGACGCCAACCAUGGACAGACCGUGAGACUCGUUGCCGCCCAACCUUUCGAAUUGGUCGCCUCCUGCAUGCUUGACAACGGUCUUCAAGCAAUCAUCAUCAAGCCCAGUGCUCCUUUCCCAUUCAUGAAGCUCCCCAAGAUUCUCCGCACCAGAAUCCUGAGCCUGAACCUGGCUCCUACCACCAAGGGCAGAAUCGAGAUCGUCACCGAAAGCAAGAGCGGCAGCGUCAAGACUAAGGACUACUCGAAGGAGUUCAAGGAGGAUGCACACUGCACUCAUGCCAAGCACAGAGUUGCCAUCGCUCAGUUGAACAAGGAGAUCGCUGUCGAAGCGCGCCAAAUCCUCUACAGCUACAAGCUCCGCUUCGACUCCACCACCACCCUGCUCAACUUCCUCAGCUUGGUUGGAGAGGAGGCUCGUAAGGCCAUGUCGACCAUCGCCAUCGUCAGCUACAUCAAGGCUACCGCCAUGCCUUGCAUGAACAUGUUGGCAGACUGCCGUAACCUCGAAAAGGUCGUCAUCGUUGGCGGCGUUGGCACCAACAGCACUCCUCAGAAGACUGCCAAGUCGUUCUUCACCGAAAGCGGCCGCCUGCUGCAGACCCUCGUCCACGCUGCUGAUGGCAACAAGGACGCUGCACUCAACAUUGUCACCUUUGGCAAGAAAUGCUUCAGCAUCAAGGAGGAAGACAAGCUUGUCGACUGGGACCAGGAGCAGACCGAUGAGUUCACCGAGCUGAUCACUGACAAGCUGAAGUAA